UAAAAUGAAUUUGGAAGAGUAUAUUUUAAAAGAGAGACUGAAGCUCAAUAAGAAAAUAGAGGAUCGUUAUGAAAUAGUCAUGCAAUAAAUCUAAUUAAAGAGCCAAUAAGAAAUAGAGUUAAUCAGACGAGAAUUAGAGAACAUGAAAUAUAUGAGCGAUGUGUAUGAAUAAAAGUUUACUGAGAUGGAAUAGCAAAUAAAAAAAUAACAAUCAAUUAUUUAGAAUGUUGAAGAGAAGAAUGCUGAAUUACUCAUUCAAAAUAUUCAACUUCAACAUGAAAUAAAAUUGAAGGAUGAAAUAGUACUAAAAAAUGUAAAGGAAUGCAUGAAUUUGCAAUCCAAUACAAGGAGAUGCCAAUCAAAAGGAAUUCUAUAUUUUAAAUAAAAAGUAAAGGAGAAAUAAAGAAUUAAAAAACUAAAGCAUGAGCAAGAGAUGCUUAGAGAGCGUAAUCAAUAUUUAGAAUAAUUGAUUGAAUAAUAAUUACCUCAAGACCAAGUAAUGUAGUAUUUAGCGAACAAAUGUAGAGUAUUGUAGAUAUAGUUUGAUGAAUUAAAUUAUAAAUAUUUUUUAAAGUAAUGAGCAAUGCCAAUCAAUAUGCAGAAAAUAGUCUUCUUUAAGAGCAAGGCAUGGUUGGAAAUGCCAACCAAAACUAAAUGCAAUAAGAGAAUCAAAAUCAAAUAUACACUUUCAAAGCUCCUUGGCCGAUCUAUGCUAUGGGAUUUCAAUCAAAACCUACACCGUAAUCUCGUAUAGCUAUAGGAAGCAUGAUUGAAGAUGUUCAGAACGAAGUCAGCUUAUUUAAGUGAAAAUAGGUUUACAUCUUGCAAUUAGACAAAGAAUAAGAAUCCUUUUUCAAGAAGGCUAAAUUCAAUCAUCGAUAUGCUCCCACAAAAGUAUUAUGGAUUCCUGAUGUUGAAGGGAAGUAUCCAGAUCUCCUAGCCACCAGCGGAGAAAAUCUGAAGGUUUGGGAGUAUGAUGAUUAAAAUGCACAAGUGAAGAUUAAGUGGGACUUAAAGAAUGUAUAGCAAUUAUUAAUAAAUACAUCCAUUAGACAAGUGACUUCAAUGCGCCCUUAACUUCAUUUGAUUGGAGUUGUAAACAAUAGAAUUACAUUGGAACUGCUUCAAUAGAUACUACUUGUACUUUAUGGGAGAUAGAAAAAUAGACUGUCUUUACUUAGUUAAUAGCACACGAUAAGGAAGUCUAUGAUAUUUGUUUCAGUGUAGAUCAUCAAAUCUUUGCUUCCGUGGGUGCAGAUGGCAGUUGCAGACAAUUCGACUUGAGGUUCCUCAAUUAUCAUAAUUCAAUAGAGCUUUAGAUCAUUCAACAGUUUUGUUUGAGACUGAAAAUAACAAUCCCAUAGUUAGAUUGGCAUGGAAUAAAAUGGAUACUAAUUAUCUAGCAGUAAUUGAGAUGGAUGUAAAUUAUGUAACGCUAUUGGAUACGAGGUAAUUUAAUUAACCAUAUUUUCAGACAACCACUUUUACCAUUAGCCAAAUUAAAGAAUCACAAAGACUUUGUUAAUGCAAUAGCAUGGGCACCUGAAUCAACAACUCAUCUUUGUAGUGUAUCUGACGAUUUUUCAGCUUUGAUUUGGGACUUUUCAGAAUUGCAGAAUAAACAAAAUGACUUGAACUCUAUUGGUAAUUCAUAAGAUUGACUAUUCUUUAGACCCCUUAUUAGAAUAUAAAGCGGAAAACGAAAUCAGUAAUUUGGCAUGGUCCUUAACUAAAGUAGACUAAGUGAGCAUUUGCUAUAAUAAAUCGUGUUAAAUUUUAAAUGUUUGA